GUUCAGACGAUCAGUAGCGUCAAGUUAUUGGCACCUGAGCCAGAGAGCAUUUCCAUCAGCGACUCCACAGACACUGACGAGCCCCUUGAGGAGGCAACCGAGGAACACCAGCCGUUAAUGGUGGAUCCGUCAAUUACGGCGCUUCAGUCAGUCGAAGGAGAAUACAGUAUGUCAGUGAUCCUAGGCAGGAAAUUGAAAAGGCUUGUGAGUUCAGGUGCACUUGCAAGUACAAUGAAGGGAAGCCCUGGUGUUUGCUUUUUGUCCCCAAGGAGAUGGUCAAGAGACCUGUCCAGAUGUAUUAUCUCACUAAUGGUACGGUGUCACCUGAGAGGGUGUGUAGUUAUCAGGAUGUUCUGGACCACCUGAACCUGACCAGAGGAAACGAUGUGUUCACCUCCACGCGGCCCGUGCUCGACCACACACACCCAACCAUGGUGCACCUGGAUGUCUACCUGUACGCUAUACUCGCCGUGAUUGAGAAGUCCCAGACCUUUGUUCCCUUCAUCUGGAUACAACUGACCUGGAAUAAUGAGCGGAUCUGGUGGGAUCCUAGUCAGUUCUGUGGAAUAUCCAGGGUCUCCGUUCCCAAAGAGAUGUUGUGGAUACCAGACCUCUUAAUCUAUGAGAUGAUAGAGAAGGAUGAUGGCCCUCACAGCCCAUACCUGUAUGUGUCCCAUGAUGGGAUCGUCUUAAUAGAGGACGAAAUGAAGGUGGUCAGCACCUGUAAGAUGGACGUCCACAAGUUCCCCUUUGACACACAGAGAUGUAACAUCACAUUCAGCUCCGCCAUACACAUCGUGACAGAUAUACAGCUCAUUCCUUUCUCUAACUCGUCCCGGGUCACCCAGGCUUCUCGUGAAGUCAUGCAAACGCAGGGAGAGUGGGAGUUCCUGGACAUGACUGUCUCCAGGGGCAAACUAAUCUUAGAUCGCGAGUGGGACCAGAUCUCAUACACUAUCACCAUGGCGAGGAGGCCCCUCCUCCACGUCAUCAAUUUCCUGCUUCCCAUCCUGUUCUUUCUGUGUCUGGACCUGGCCUCCUUCCUGAUCUCAGACCAGCGGGGGGAGAAACUAGGCUUUAAGGUCACCGUGCUGCUGGCCAUCUCUGUUUUGCUGCUCAUCCUCAAUGACAUACUGCCCUCCAUGUCAAACAGGACCCCUCUCAUAGCGACCUACUGUAUAGUGAUCUUUGCCUUCAUGUUGCUAAGCCUGUUGGAGACCAUCUUAGUGACUCACCUGAUGGAGAGAGAUUCCGUACACCAAGAGACAGGUAUAGACCGCGCCCCCGCAUAUGACUGUGACAACAAACCAGACCACACCCCCUGUCACACCUGUGACUCAGAGGAGGAGAGGAGGCGUGGUUGCUGUGCCUGUAUCUGUGAUGUGUCUGGAAGAAAAGCUCCAUGUGAACCAUUGCCUGUUGCAGAAGAGGUCAUCUGUAGCGAGCAAGGAGAGUCUCGCCUGCUGCUGUUGAUUCUGGGGGACCUACGGGCGGUUGAGCGGACAUUAGCGUUGUUCGCCAGUGGCAGGAGGGAGGGGAAACCUGGCUAUUGGACCAGAGUGGCACGGCGCCUCAACGCCGCCUUCUUCACCGUCUACCUCAUCUCUGUCAUGCUCUUCAUUAGCCUUAUGUGUAAGGAGUGGUUAAAUUAGACCUAGAAUUAAAUUACCAAUUGCAUAUCCAAAUCUAGACAUCAGAGCAUGCCUGUAUACUUUGUUUACCUCCCAUUUUCUCACGUGCAGUGCCACUGUCGAUGGGUGUAUUGAAAGCCAUGUGCAUUUUUUUAGCUCAUGUGCAUAAAAUAUACAUUUUUUUUAUAUUUAACAUAUUCGAACACUAUGGAGAGUACUUAUGUUAUCCAACUGUGUGCUUUUCAUUUCAUAUAUCAUGUUAAAUUAAAUUUAAUAAUUUUAUUGUAGACUACGCUUUACACCAAAUAAAAA